AUGGCAACCAUCAAUGACGAGUACGACAAAGGGAUUAGGAUCAUUAGCUUUGAUGGAGGUGGACCUGGCGUUCUUUCGGAGCUAUUCACCCUCAAGGAGAUCAUGUAUAGAUUACAGAACGUGCUCGAUCUUGAUGAUUUACCACGGCCAUGCCACUUUGUUGACCUCGUGGCUGGGUGUGGGUUAGGAGGGUUUGCAGCGUUGCUCUUAGGGCGUCUGGGCCUCUCUAUUGACGACACAAUCGAAGCCGUGGCGAAAGUUGGCCCCUUGGUCUGCUGCAAAGGAGAGUCAUCUGCAAAUGGAAAGAAGCUCAACACGAAUAAAUUACGAGUGGCCAUCGCGGAGGUUGUUCGGCGACACGGCUUUGAAGAGACUGUCAUGCUACUCGAAGAAGAUGGGACAGCCUCACCAUGCAAGACGUUCGUUUGCUUGACACCAGCCGUCACAAUGAUGACAUGCCAUCAUCUCCGUACCUAUACUUCCCCUCUCUCGCUCCCUCUCAACUGUACUGUCGUGGACGCGGCUCUCGCUACCAUGGCAUCAUCCCUCUAUUUCGACCCAGUCCAAAUUGGUCGUCAGCUCUUCCUUGGUGCAAGUCUGGGAUAUAAUAAUCCGACACGUGAGGCGAUUAGAGAGGCUUGGGAUGUAUGGGGAGCAGAUCGAUCGGUUGCCUGCAUCCUCAGUCUGGGAACUGGUGCUUCCAAUGCUCUAAACAAAGAGAAGCCGGUUGAAAAUCUUCUUCGUGAUAUAUUGGAGGAUUGUGACAAGAUUGCGAAUGACCUCAAGGGUCAGCUACAGGCCCCUGACCUGUAUAUGCGCCUGUCAGUACUUCGAGGUCUAGACAACAUCGACGUUCAGAAAUGGGAUCCAGAAACGGUCGGGGUAAUCGAGUCCCAUACGAAGGACUAUAUAAGCCAUCUUUCAAGUCACAAAUUAGCGACAUUUAUCGAAUCGCUCGUGAAUCGGCCUUCAAGAACUUCUAUUGGCGCCUUGAACAAAGCACAUCGGGAAACGGUUUACUCAAAAUCCGUUCCUCUGGUCAGCCAAUUCUUUGUGCCCCGGGAGACGUUGUUUGAACAAAUGAGUGACUAUCUCCUUGCCAAAGUGGCGAACAAGCGAAGUAUUGUAGUUCUCCAUGGAGCUGGUGGCGGGGGAAAGACUCAACUCGUAUCAUAUUUUGUUCAGCGAUAUCGUCAAAAUUAUAGCCAUAUUUUCUACGUUGACGCAAGUUCCUUGGCCAGCCUUCAAGCGGAUCUCAAGGCGGCAAUCCGCUCUCUCGGUGUCACAUACCUGUAUGGGACAUACAAGGAUGCGCUGGCAUUUCUCGCUCAGCCCUCAAACACAAGGUGGCUGCUGGUCUAUGACAAUGCAGACGACACUUCCGUCUCUCUAGAGGCGUAUCUCCCACAAUGCGAGCAUGGUUCUAUUGUCAUCACAACUCGCAAUGCUCAUCAUGCUGGGCUGGCUCCCGACUCCAGCAUCGAAGUUGGUCCGAUGACCGAGCCAGAAGCCAUCGAGGCGCUUCUAUACGCCGCCAGUAGGCCAAAGGAUACUCCUCGAUCCGAGCGGCAGUACGCCAAAGAGAUUGUAAGAGCGUUGGGUUUCCUGCCUGCAGCUAUCGUCCAAGCAGGACGCUCUUGCUCGCGCGGUCAGUCUUUGAACAUGUACUUGUCCUUAUUCGACGCUCAGCCCCGUAAGCUUCUCGAACGCGGUCACGCCGGAUCCUUGGACCAAUAUCGAUACCCCAGUGUGUAUGCCGCACUAAGCGUGUCGCGGAACGAUCUUGAAGCAAUUCCUAAGCAAUUCCUCCACCUUGCGGCCUUCUUCCACCACUCCGAUAUUCCCGUUGCCAUGAUCAUUGCAGCUAUUGAGUGCAGUUUCAACAACCCAGCGGAAUACAUCGCACAUUCCGGCAAGGUGGUCGAACUUCGACAGCGACUGAGGCAAUGUUUGGCACCAGAAGCUACUGAUAGCUCUCUGGCUUUGCUACAUAUUGAUGGCAUUUUGGAAUCGCUCGGGAGCUUCUCCCUUAUCAACAGAACCAAUGUUGCUGGUCGGCAGCUGUUUCAUUUCCACCCACUCACUCAAGUAUGGGCCCGAAGCAUCCUAUCUCCGGACGAGCAAAUCAUCAACAAUCAUAUGGCCGCGCUUGUCCUGAGCUGUUGCUCUGACAAGAAGCACCAAUCCCUCCAUUCCUCCAUCGUACCCCAUAUCCAAGCAGUCCUCGGCAUCUCUAGCAGCCUGCAUCCCAAUUAUCUGGCUGCUUUUGCUCCCCUUCUUCACGAGGCGGGCGAAUAUGAUCAGGCUUGCAAGCUCUGGCGCACCGUAAGAGACCGUUGUAUCGAAGAGCAUGGUCUUGCAAAUGUUACUACGGUCCGAGCAAGUCUUAGCUUUGCGCAAAUGCUGCGUGACUGUGGCAAAUUUGAUGAGGCGGAAGAGGUUGGUGCGGAAGUCGUGGAAAUUAGCGGAAGGUUUAUUACCGAGGAUGUUGGCUUAGUCGUGCGGGCGUUUAGGAGUGCCGCUGUCACCUUUGAGUGCCAAGUCAAAUGGGAAUCUGCAGCGGGUCAACUUUACGAGGCGCUCAAGAUCUUGGAGGGCUCAAAGGGUGACCACACCGAACUUCUUCUUGAGGUUCAGGAGCAUCUUGCGGUCACUCAUCAGGAGCAAGGUCAUUGGCAGAAAGCAGAGUCUCUGCGUAGCCAGAUCCUGGGCGCUCGCCGUGAGAAGUUGGGUGUUGAUCACGAGAAGACGAUAGAAGCAAUGGUCAACCUGGCAGAUACCUAUCUCGAGCAAGGAAGAUGGAACGAGGCCGCGUCAAUGCAAUCCCAAGUACUUCAAAUACGAAGUCAAUGUCUAGGGAUGUCUCACCCCGCUACCAUGGCAGCUGCCACGGAUCUAGCAGUCACGUAUGAACGCCUCGGAAGGUGGAAUGCUGCCGUCACCCUUCAAGAAGACCUUCUCGAGACUCGGAGGAGACUGCUGCCGAACGAUCACCCUGACCUCAUCGAAGCAGCUGGGAAUCUCGCAUCGACGUAUUGCAAUCAAGGGCGAUGGGUCGAUGCUGAGAAGCUACAGAGAGAGGUGCUCAGUAUGCGUCGAAGCUCGCUGGGAAAUGAGCAUAAAGAAACGGCGUACGCUAUCAGCGAGCUUGCAGCAACGCUCUACGACAUGGGUCGGUACAGUCAAGCGGAGAAGCUCCAACGCGAAGCCCUCGCUAUUCGCAAGAAGGUUCUUGGAGAGAAUCACCCAGACACUCUCAUCUCCAUCAGUAGCCUUGCGUGCACUUUGUCUGAUAUGGGCAAGUGGACGCGUGCAGAGCAACUUGCCAGAGAUGCCAUUGAGAAAAUGAAGGAGUUAAUGCCAAAGAACCACCCCGACACACUCAAUGCUAUUGGUGGCCUUGCCUUCACUCUCUCGGAACAAGGUCGCUAUGAGGAUGCGGAGAAGCUUCAACGAGAGCUGCUUGAAGCCUACGAAUCCACUUUAGGAGAACACCCAGACACUCUAAUAGCGCGCAGAGAUUUGGCGUCCACCUACUGCGAGCUAGGAAAGUGGUCAGAUGCUCUUGCUCUUCAGCUGAAAGUGGUCGAGCAGAGUAGGGAACUCCUCGACGAGCAGCAUCCAGAUGCACUCCUUGCAUCUCGAAACCUCGCGUGGACCUAUUUGCAAAUGGGUCGCUGGAAGGAUGCAUACACCCUUCUGGAGACCACAGUCUCGCAUAUGACCAUUUCAAUGGGGCCUAAUCACCCAGAUACAAUCGAAGCUAGGUCAGACUUGGCCACGACCUUGUACGAGAUGGGGAGGUUUGCAGAGGCGGAAGACAUUCAACGCGAGGUGUUGAAGCUGCGAAAGACGUUGAACAUGGACUAUGAACCGCACGAAGCCACAUCGCUUUCGAUGGAGAGCCCGGCGAGCAAAGAUCUGGUGGAGGCGGAGCGACACCACGAGGAGACUCUGCAAAGCCUAGGUCGGGAGCAUCCAGACACACUACUUGCCAUGGGAGAUCUCGCGUUGACCAUUGCAAAUGCGGGCCGAUGGGACGACGCAGCGAAGCUUCAAGUGGAGACGCUUAAAUCGUGUGAAGUGGUCUUUGGUAAACGUCACCCCAGCACACUCGAAGCCAUGGGAAAUCUCGCAGCGACCUAUUCGCUUAUGAUGGAGACGGUGAAGGCAGAGGAGUUACAGAAGGAAGUACUCGAAAUCAGUGAAAAAGUUCUUGGGGAGCAUCACCCAGAUACAAUCCUGGCCAAGAGCGCCCUCGCCGCCACGUACUCGGAUACUGAACGCUAUGAAGAUGCACUUAAGUUACAAAUCGACCUCGUCGACUUGCACAAGCGAUAUAUGGGUGAGGAACACCCAGAAACAUUGACAGCCCAAAUGGAUCUGGCACUCACUUAUUCGGAGAUGGGAUCUACAAAGGAGGCAGAGGCCCUUCAGCGUACUAUGGUGGAGAAAUGUACACGGAUACUUGGGAAAGAACACCCGGAUACCUGCUGCGCCAUCACAAAUCUAGCGUCGACGCUCUCGCAGCAGGAAAACUGGGAAGAGGCGGCUGAGCUGCAGUCCUCCGUCAUCGACAUUUCACGCAAAGUCCUCGGGAGUGGGCACCCAGACUUUCUCGCCAACCUGACGAAUCUAUCUCAGACAUAUACGAAACUAGGACGAUGGGCAGACGCCGAGGCGUUGCAGCGCCAGGUAGUGGAUGGAUGGGCGAAGAAAGUAGCAGGUCGGGAACACCCGCGCUACAAGCGAGCGAACUCUGCAUUGCAGCAGAUCAAGCAGCAGCGACGAGAGCUAGAAGGUUACGUCGACAAGCAAGACGAGCAGAUUCUUUCGCCUGUGGAAGUCGACUCACCCCUCAGCGAAGGGUUUGGCCUCGCUGCCGUCGUCGGUAACGAUGCUAUGGGCGAAAUGGGGCCAUUUGGGUUUCUAUGGAGGUAUUAUCUUGUGGGUUUCAUCUGGGACAGUCAACUAUUGGUAUACACGAUUUAG